AUGGUUUCCGACGAGCACUACGAGAUCUGCCUCCCUAUCCUCCAGGAUGCCACCCUUGAGGACGAGGAUAAAACGGAUCAGCUGGAGGAUCUACUCCGAAGCCAGACAAGCUUGUCUGGCCCUUCAUUAGACAAUGCGAUUCUCGAUGUGUUAUGGCGAUACCGCGAUGGCGGCGGCAGCUCAACCUCGCCUCCUCCCAUCCGCCAGACCAUCCUUCGACGACCUUCGCCGUCCCCAUGGCGCGGCAAUGCCACUCCUCUCUCUGGCUCGCCACGCCUCGGGGUCAGUCCACUGGCCCCUCCCGGCUUCGUACCGUCUUUCUCGAGAACGAAAUCGUCAGCCGCCUCUCCUUUUUCUUCGCCAAGGCCGUCUCCGAGACUCGCCUUCGCGACGCCCGUCAUACCUAAUAGCCCGAAUCUGAACGCGUAUGAGUUCGCCAACGAUAGAUCCCCUUCCCAGGAAACUUUCGGCGAUUACCAGACCGAGAACGUAGAGUGGCUCGUUGCGGACGAUGCUAUAAGCAUCACAUCAUCAGUCGGGACGUCGAGUGGUCUGAACGCUGCCGCUCCCGAGUUCUCGUCCAUGUCAUCGCAGCAGGCUGACAUGUCUCCUUACGAUAUGCUUCGCUCUAUACUCGGUCAGACGAGAACCGACGAUGAGAUUGAAGCUGCUCUUGCGCUACAUGGGUACGACCUGAGCGCAACGAUAGUGUCCAUCAUGGAGAGCCAGGCGCAAGAGAAUGGAUUUAGCGCUGCGUUGCACCCUGAUGACUCCAAGACUUCUCUUAUUGGCAAAGCUCUAGCUGCAGAAGGCCGCCCAACCACACCUGCUGGUGGUCAAAGAUCAGGGGUCAUUUGCAAGUUUUACAUGUCGACCGGACAAUGCCUUCGGGCUGAUUGCCGAUUCAGCCAUGACCUGAGUAAUCACCUUUGCAAGUGA